AUGAACGUUAAAAUGUGGGAUAAAGUGCCUAUAUCAGAAACUACCACUCAUCACUUUUGGGAGAGUGAAGUGGAGGUGGUCAGGAAAAGAGCCAUGACACAUGGUGGGAAGAAGUUUAAAUACUUUGAUGACAAGGGCGUAAUCAACUUUGUAUUUUUUCUUUGGGUAUACAGGUGGGUUAAAGAAACGUCAAAGAGGUACCUAGAUCCUUACAUGCUUCAUCCUCUCCCCUUGGCAGACCAGCUUCUUCUCUGGCAACCAAUUCUUUCCAAGCACAUUAGUGAUGGGAUUUCCAGCAUUUAUACUUGUGAGCCUCUUGAAGAAUCUAAGAAUAGAAAGAAACCAGUAAAGCAUAUUCUAUGGCGAGCCAUUUGGUUGACCUUUUGGAAGAGGAUUAUGCUUGCUAUAAUGGCGAUUGUCUUUAUGAAUGCAGUUGGCAUGAGUGUAGCUAUUUUCCUAUACAAACUGCUAGGCUUGAUCUCUAGAAAGGAUUUUAGGUUCAUGGCAUUUUUAGGACUAGCACUAUCCAUCACUCUCAUGGAAUUGUUCAAGGAAAUUUGCAUGGACCACAUCAACUACUACGUAAAGAGGCUCUCAUUUAUAAUGGAUUCAGCUGUCCGUCUCACAGUAUUUCAACAUGGACUCUGUUAUAGACGCGGUAACUUUACUAAUCUUCACUCCAGAGAGGAUUAUUGUAAGAGCAUUAUUCACGGGUGUUCCAGAGAGGAGGUAUGCGCGGAUAAUCCAUUAUUGUGUCCAGUAAGGAGAUACAAGAAUAGCGAUGUUACUCCUAAAAUAUACGCUUUAACUCUGAACGAUCCAUUCUACAUCUCACUGUUUGUAGAGUGUAUCUCUGGAUUUAUAGAGUUUCUUACAGCCUUCAUUUACGGUAUCAUCUUAAUGAGUAGUCAGUUUAAUGUUAAAGCGCUCACUAUCCUUAUCAUGUCACUUUCCUUAGUUGUUGGUAUGAUUUUUAUGGAGAUUUUAAACGGCUUCCUCCUAAAGUAUUAUUUUGGAGUGAGGGAUUACAGAAUUACAAAAACUUUUGAAGUCAUAUCUAAUCUUCCCUUGAUCCAGAAAAUGUCACUGGAUGAUACUGGUCACAAUACUAUAACAGAAACCAGGGAUGAUGAACUACUUCUCGUCAUCAUCCGUUUCUUUCUGUCUUUACUGAGCAAGGUUAUAUUUACAGCGAUCACCUGUUUAGACGUUAUCAUUUUGGUUACUGACUUUGUUUCUCAAGUUAAAGAUGCCACAAAUGUUGAGAGUAUUGACCCUUCUGGACUCUUGGCAUCCAUCUUUGUUAUUAUGAAGAUUCUUGGUCCACUAUAUAUGGUUCCCAUUCACCUGAGACUUAUGCUAUUCGGGAUCAAUGCAUUCAAAAGAGUAGAAGCCUUCUUGAGAACGUGUUCUCCAAACUUUUAUUUACAGGAUAACAAGUUUACAGGGAAUGCUACUCUACCAGAGAUUGGGCCAGGUAAGGAUAAGAGCAUACCCAAAGGACUUAUGGUGAUGUUCAAGCAGGCCUCUUUUGCAUGGGUCAACAGUAGGAAGGAUCUCCUAGACAAUACUGGUACCACUUGUCUGAGAAACAUUGACUUUGUCCUCAACUCUGGUAACCUUGCCAUUGUAACUGGUGCCAAAGGUUCUGGUAAGACCAACUUUGUCAAGGCUAUUCUUGGUGACAUGACUCUGGUAGAAGGAUCAAUGGCUGCACUGCCUCUAUCUACCAACAUGCCAAUAUUCUAUGCUUCUCAGGAUGUCUGGCUACAAAAGGGUACCAUUAAGUCUAACAUUACUUUUGGUCACAUAUUUGAUGAGGAUAUCUACAAGACAGUUCUGAAGGCUAUUGAACUUGAGCAUGACAUAUCCACUUGGGAAGGAGGUGACAUGCGUAAGAUUUCUGAACAUGGCUACUCUCUCAGUGGAGGUCAGAGAGUCAGAGUUGGGCUUGCCCGUGCCAUUUACGCCUACCUCAUCUUUAGCGAGACUAAUAGAGAAAGCGCAUCUGACCAUUCCUUCCUUGUAGUACUGGAUGACUGUUUCACUGGACUAGACCCAUUUGUGGCGAAGACAAUCUUCAAGAACUUGUUUGACGUUAAUGGUGGACUAUUGAUGAAAGACGAUGUGGCUACUAUUGUCACGAUUUCCAAGCGUGUAUUAGAUGCUUGUGUAUCAGCUGAGUCUCCGGAUUCAUUCCCAGAUGCUCCAAUAUAUUUUCUGGAGAACAAGGGUCUUGUGCAGAGCAAUAAGCUUAAAUCCCUGAUAGAGCAUGAAGUUGGUCGUCUUGAGCCUCCAAAGCCUUCUUUCGAUAGAGUGAAGCUUUCAUCUGUAUCACGUGAUAUCCUCAAAAGAUGCAGUUCUGAUGACCUUACCAAACUUGGACGAAGAAGGUCAACGGAGUCUAGAUAUUCUGAUUCCCCAACAGUUCAAAUAUUAUAUGACAGGAUCAAUUUUAAACGUGGUGAGAAUAAGAACUUCAGAGCUGUUGAUGUUUACAUCCGUGCGGCUGGUUGGCCUCUAUUCUUUGUUUUAUUCACCAUUUUAUUCUCAACACUGGAUAAUACUAAAUUUAUAAUCACUUCCGGAGUAUCUGACUCAAUUGCUGGAUAUUUGCAAAAUAAUGAAGAGACAGGGGUAUCACUAGAGGACGUUAGGGAAUAUUCCUAUAGAUCCCUGAGAUGGAUAAUUAUUCUAUCAGUUUCUGUCAUGAUUGGAGCUUUCUUCCGUGUAGUUGCUAUGACAUCUGCUUCUGUUAACGUUUCAAGGAGAAUCCACGAAUAUUGCAUAAACUCUAUAUUGAUAAACAGCUCUGCAGUUCUAAAGAUUAAAAAAUCGCUGGGCAGUGUCAUUACUUUUCUCUAUAUGGAUACGUUCUUCAUUGACAACCUACUGAGCUACUUCAUUCACGAUGUUUCUCUCUUGUUAAUUGAAUCUAGUGUUCAUCUUAUUACCUUGUUCUUCAUGGUACCGUGGUCUACUCCACCUGCCCUCAUUCUUUGCUUUAUUAUUUUCCGGUACAUUGUAUGUCACUAUGUAAAGUCGUGCAGGAAUCUUUAUUUUUCUCGUUUAGAGACAUACGCUCAGAUUGAUUCUAUAAUAGAAUCUGCCAUAUCUGGUGCACAAAUCUAUCGCAGUUUCAAGAAGGAAUGGAAAUUGAUGCAAAUAAUGGCAGAACAUGUUGACUAUAAUAUCAGGUGUCAUUAUUUGAGCAAUUCUGCAAUGUUUUGGGCCUCUGUAACUUCAAGAUGUUUGUUCUCAUCAUUAGCUUUGUUCAUUCUUGUCCUCCCUCUUGUUAGAUCAAGAUUGUUUGAUAUAGAGGUAAAGAUUGGUUAUUACAGUAUGGCCUAUUCCAUAUUUCUUAAUCUAAACACAACAUUUAUAACAUUUCUAAGACUUCAUUGCUCCUUGGAAUUUUACAUGGGUUCGUUUAGAAGGUUCGAGAACUUUGUCCUUCCAAACACCAAGAUUAAGUUUGACAAAAGGAGGAACAUUCACCAGACCGAUGUUAUUGUUGACCAUUCUGCAUCAACUGGAGAUGGUAAGCUAUCCAGCGAUAACAUCAAAAGCACCCUUCGUAGAAGACGUCAUAACGAGUAUGCUGAGAGAAGAGCUGCUAGAUGUACUAGUCUCAAGAUGCUCUUCUUUAAGCACCAGGUUAAUUUGUUUGACGUGUCCAAGUAUGCAGUUCCAGGUACUACUAGGAUAAAGUUGGAUAAUGUGAGCGUGCACGUUGUCUCCAGGGAUUCCAAUGAGAAGCAUGCCAUUCUCAAGAAUGUUACUUGUUCUGCGGAUACCUCGGACAUUAUUGGAGUCAUUGGCAGAACUGGUGCAGGGAAGUCUACCUUAUUGUCAGUACUUCAAAAUUUGGCAAGGAAUAGAGAAGGUUCUGUAUUCUUAGAUGGCUGUGAUUUGAAUGAUAUGCCAAAGAAUGUGACUAGACAGAUCAUCGGAGUACUUCCUCAACUACCAUUUGUAUUCAGAGGUUGGACUGUACGUAGAUUCAUUGACCCUAGAAUGCUAUUUGAAGAUGCUGAUAUUAACACAGUCUUGGAAAAUUGUGGCUUACUCAAGUUUGUCGAGGGUAUUGAAGGCGGUAAGGGUCUUGACACGGUCAUUUUACCUGACCAUUACCACAAGGAUAUGCCAAGGUACUACAAGAGGGUAUACUACGGCCCAGAAUUGAAGCCACAGGAUACUUCUUCCGCAGACAAUGUGAACAUUGACCAUGGCAUGGUCCUUUCAAACUCACAACUCCGUACACUAUCAGUAGCAAGACUAGUGCUCUACAGGGAAUUCUUCAAGGUUCUCUUGGUUGAUGAGCCACCAGAGGAGGAAUCAGGGACAUCCAAUACUGCAGAGAUCCCAAUUUAUGAAAUUAUAAGGGCACACUUUAGACACUGCGCAACAUUUAUUGCGGCACACGACGCAGGUGUUUUGCGUUUGUGCACUUCCAUUUGGGUACUUCACAAAGGUUCUCUCAUCAAGACCUGCAAGACUGAGGACAUUGCAGACAGCGACUCCCUGUCGAAGAUCAUAGAGGAUUGUAUUACCGCACACGUUUAA